UGUCCUACAGCCAUACAUACAUACACAUAUAUAUAUAUAUAUAUUCACUUUGAUAAGGCAAAUUAAAAUUAUAUUCGAAGCGUUACAGCAAAAGUCUAUACUUGUUCUUCAAUUUGACUCUCUUUGACAGACAAACUCCUUCAUAAAUACAUCAUCAAACACUCACGCAAAUCCAUAUAAUAAAACAUAAACUGACGCAAAAGACAGGUUUUUGGUUAGUGUUGGGUGAGAACUGAAGGAAAGGCCGCCGAAAAUGCACGCUAAGACAGACUCAGAGGUCACAAGCCUCGCCCCAUCAUCGCCAACGAGGUCCCCGCGGCGUCCAGUUUACUAUGUGCAGAGCCCUUCACAUGAUUCUCACGAUGGAGAAAAAGUUACGACGUCGUUCCAUUCCACGCCGGUGCUCAGCCCCAUGGGGUCACCACCACACUCCCAUUCCUCCGUGGGUCGCCACUCGCGUGAGUCCUCAUCGAGUCGGUUUUCUGGGUCUCUUAAAUCCGGAUCUCGCAAGAUCUCGCCUAACGACGCGUCGUCCAGGGGAGCACAUGGGAAGGGACAUAAGCAGUGGCAAGAAUGUGAUGUGAUUGAAGAAGAAGGGCUCCUUGAAGAUGAAGAGCGUGAGAAGGGACUCCCUCGAAGAUGCUAUUUCGUAGCUUUUGUUCUUGGCUUCUUUAUUUUGUUCUCUAUGUUUUCUUUGAUUCUCUGGGGAGCUAGCAGACCCCAGAAACCCAAGAUCACAAUGAUGAGUAUAAAAUUUGAGCAAUUCAAGAUCCAAGCUGGUUCAGAUUUCACAGGGGUGGCAACUGAUAUGAUCACCGUGAAUUCCACAGUGAAAAUGAUUUAUCGCAACGCUGGAACAUUUUUUGGCGUCCAUGUCACAUCAACUCCUCUAGAUCUGUCAUAUUCUCAAAUCAACAUUGCUUCAGGAACCAUGAAGAAAUUUUAUCAAUCAAGGAAGAGCCAAAGCUCUGUAACUGUAACAGUGAUGGGAAACAAGGUCCCUUUGUACGGAAGUGGAGCAAGUUUGAGCAGUUCAACUGGCACAACAUCUCUUCCAGUUUCACUCAAACUGAACUUGGUUGUCCGUUCAAAAGCUUAUGUCUUGGGCAAAUUGGUUAAGCCAAAGUUCUACAAGAAUAUCGAAUGUGACAUAACUUUCGAUUUCAACAAACUCAACGUUCCCAUUUCUCUCAAGAAAUCUUGCACUUACGAUUGACAGAUCGAAUCACAUGGAAAACACGUCGAACUCGAAUAGCCUUUUUAUCUGUCUUAUUUUUUAUUUUUUUUUUCUUAAUUUGUUAUUCUUCGUUUGUUGGAGAGAAGUGGGAAAUGAACGAGAGACAGCUAAGCGGGCACGUUUGGAGAUGCCGGGCAGGAUGUGAGGAAGGCGGUUGUGGACUUAUUGUGGCUGCCCGUGUGCCCAAAAGUGAGUAAACGGAUUCGUUGGAGACCUGUGAGUGAUAACUUUUUGCUUUCUUUUUUCCUUGUUUAAAUGUUAAAGUAAGAAAUAAUUUAUUUUUUAAAAUUAUAUUUACUUAAAUGUAAUUAAUUCUUUUAGUAAUGUACCGAUACAUAAGUUCAUCGUACCCUAAUAAAGUUUAUAUCGUCGGGUUUUUUAAAAAAAAUA